AUGGCACAACCCAAGAUGAACGGCUCCCCUAAGGAAGUGGUGGGCCACAUCCACCACCGCCCAGCAGCAAACUACAACCUCACCAUCCAGAUCCUUCGCAGCCUCAUCCUAAUAACAUGGUUCAACUGUUGUUGCCUUUGCAUUGUCAUCACCCAACUGAUAGGCGCACCCCUCUUCUUCAUCAACCGCCACUACUUUAACAAAUACAUGGCCAUGACUAAACGCUCCUUCGGCAUCGCCAUCACCGCCCUGACCGAAUGGGGCUGUCCAACCCCCAUCCGCGUCAGCGGGGAUAAGAGCGUGCAGGGCCAGUUUGGACUGACGAGAGGCGGCAGCGCCAGCGGUGGCGCGAAGUUGAAGACGUAUUUCCCCGAUCGGAUUGUGAUGAUUGCUAACCACCAGGUCUACACGGAUUGGCUUUACUUAUGGUGGUUCUCGUACACAGCUCAGAUGCACGGGCACAUCUACAUCAUUCUCAAGGAGUCACUGAAGUACAUCCCCGUAAUUGGCCAGGGGAUGAUGUUCUACGGCUUCAUCUUCAUGGCGAGAAAGUGGGCUGCGGAUAAACCACGCUUGCAACAUCGGCUGGAGAAACUGAAAACGUACCAUGAGAGUUGUAGCAGACCUGGUUUGCGCAUUUUGGAUCCAAUGUGGCUUCUUAUUUUCCCCGAGGGAACAAAUCUGUCCCGCAAUACGAAGCGCAUCAGCGAUGGGUACGGUGAAAAGCAUGGGAUUCCACCCUUGCGACAUCAGAUUCUUCCCCGGUCAACAGGGUUAUUCUUCUGCUUGCAGCAGCUCAAAGGCACUGUUGACUGGGUAUAUGACUGUACAGUUGGAUAUGAGGGCCCACCGAAGGGAAGCUACCCAGACGCCUUCUUCACCAUCCGCUCCACAUACCUCCAAGGCCGUCCCCCAAAAGUCGUCAAUUUCUACUGGAGGCGCUUCCCCAUCUCUGAAAUCCCGCUGGAUGACCAGAACGAGUUCGAGGGGUGGAUCCUCCAACGCUGGAGGGAGAAGGAUGACCUCCUCGAACAGUUCUAUGAGACGGGCCGGUUCCCGCCGUGUGAGUGGGAGUCUGAUUUGAGGGAUGGUGAAGUACAGCAUAACCGCAGUGACACUGGCAGUGACAAAGUUGUCACGGCUAAUAACCCCAGCUAUUUCGAGUCUGAAGUCAAGUUAUCGUGGUGGGUGGAGUCGUUGCAGAUAUUUGCCGUUCUUGCGGUACUGGGUGCUGUGUUAUGUCAGCUCCCUAAGUUGUGGAAAUGA